CUGGGAUACGGUCGGUAGUGGACGUACACACCCGGGACACAUUAUCAUGGGUCAUGCUUUUCCAAGGACCUAGUAUGGUGCCCAGUGAAGAAAUCGAUCCCAUUGACGUGUAUAUUGGCCCUCUUGGUGACUACUGCUGGUGCGACGGUAAACACGCCCAGUGGAGCCGAUAGUAGCGUGCUCAAGGAAGGAGAGUGAACCGUGUCACGCAAACUUGCUGUAGUAUAGAAAUAGCGACGCCGUGAACAGAAACUGAGCGACUUCAACGCAACGCAGGUGCUACGGCGGGAGGUGCUGUGUUACACCCAUCUAGUCAAGACCAACCAUUUACCGUAGAUUAAUAUUUAUUUAUUGCUAUUAUGUACGUGGAUUUCCUACCCCCGCCAAAUAAAAUGGGAAUAAAGUCACUCAAAACGCUUACAAAGCCGACUAAGUCAGACCUGCCUGCUCCGGUGCCCCCCCUGACCCCCGGCACCACCAAGAAGAUGACCGACGCCCUGCGGUUGUCCUUCGCGUCCUGGGAGAAGGAGCGGGAGAAGCACAACAUCACCAAAGAUCCCAAGCAGUGGUCAGAGGAUAACGUGAGGCAAUGGCUGAUGUGGGCCAUCAAGGACUUCAGCCUGGAGGGAGUGUCAGUUCAGGAGUUCCAGAUGAAGGGCCGCGACCUGGUGGGGAUGGGCCGCGACUCCUUCCUCGACCGCACGCCUCCUUUCAUGGGCGACAUCCUCUGGCAACACCUAGAGUUCCUUCAGAAAGAUGUGGAGGAGGAGUCUGCCUCGCUGGCCCAUGUGCCCUCCACCUUACAAGAAUACAUCCCGGACUUCAAUGAGUUCCUGGAGGGGUACAGUGGCCCCAUGCCCGAGCACCGCCUCAACCCAGUGCACACUUCCAGCUCCUCGUCCUCCACACACGCCCCUCCACCACCCUCCUCGGUGCCGGUCGCCUCCCUCCCACCACAGGCCGCCGUGCCCUCCACCGCGUCCUCAUCGUCGUCGUCAGCCACCACCACUUCACCCUCCAACACAUCCUCCAGCACGCCUCACCCGCCCCCAACACAGUCCCUACAGUACCUCGACGACAACAGAAGAAGGGCGUGGAGCAGGAACGGUGGCUACCCGAGCACGGAGAGCAUGGGUGCCGUGAGCGAGCCUCCGUCAGAGGGAUCCCCGGGAGGGUAUAUACCCCCUCCUUAUGCUGAUGCAGAGCCAGAACUUUACCACACUCCUCCUGACCACCACUCAGGGGUCCACUACCUCGACCACACUGCUCCAGACUUCUACGGGGACAAGUACCGACUCUCUUACUUCAAGUACCCGCUGCCCACGCCUCCCCACAAAUAUCCUCCCUACGAGUACAAUGAUGGUUACCCAACGUCGCACUACGACCCGCCCUUCCAGACUGUCCCACAAGUGCCACCAGAGCCAUGGGUCACAGCCUCACAAAGUCACGAUCUAGCACUGAUCAACAAUGGAGUUGGAGCUCCAAACCUGACUCAUUAUCUGCCUCAGCGGACAGACGUAGCCACCCCAGACACCAAGCCACCUCCAGGCCUGCUGGGUCCCAGUCCAGCACCCAUCGCCUACCAGACAGGCACAAACGGCCCCUGCUUCACCGGCUCAGGGCCUAUACAGCUGUGGCAGUUCCUGCUUGAGCUGCUUACUGAUAAAAAACAACAGCAACAUAUCUCAUGGACGGGUGACGGAUGGGAAUUCAAACUAACUGACCCUGAUGAGGUGGCGCGGCUGUGGGGCCUCAGAAAGAACAAGCCCAAGAUGAACUACGAGAAACUCUCGCGAGGCCUCCGCUACUACUAUGACAAAAACAUUAUUCACAAGACGGCCGGCAAGCGAUACGUGUACCGCUUCGUUUGCGACCUCCAGUCACUCCUUGGCAGGUACACCCCUGAGGAGCUUCACGCCAUGGUUGAUCUCAAGCCGGAAAAGAAGGACGAUGACUGAGCUCCAGUACGAGUUCAGCACCACCCUUCCCCCUUUGUGUCGGCAGGGCGGGCUGCCGGAUACCGGGCACCAGGCUCGCCUCGUUAGUGUCGCUAUGUGGCACAAGUUGCCCACCGACUCACAAAAGAAGAAAAGCGUCUGUAACAGUUUUGCCUGUGUCUGGCAUAUGUUACUGUAAAAAUAUAGUACAUAUAUACAAAUUAGACCUUGUUAAAUGGAUUUUUUUUUUUUUGACAGUGUUUCACCGCAAAUGUGGAACUAUUUUUAAUAUCUUUAUUUUUGUAAAUACAAUACGCCAUUAAUGUCGGGCAUUUAGAAUAGAGCGUACGUGUGCAUAGUGAGAGUUGAGGGGCGGCAAAGGCAACACUACUGCCUCGGCCCCACUUUGGCCCGGUAGGCGUCAUGUAAUCAGCCAAUUGUACCUGUACUUGUUCUCUGCACAAGACCCGACUAUAUAAUUAAACUUAAUGUUAGCUAUGGAGUAGUGAGUGAUUUAUGGAGAUAACUGGAGUGCUUUCAAAACUACAAGUGCUAUGAUUUAGUGUCAAAACCAAAAAUUGUCACAGAUUGGAGUGGCCAGUUUUGCAUUACUUCUGUAUGAGUGAACUGUUAUAGCCCUUAGUCUGCUGUCCCACCUUCGAGAGGCUUUCCAAAGACGGCGGCCGGGAGGGGAAACCAGCUGGAGGAAGCGGCGGCGAAGGCCCUUCAGUAGUCUCUUGCCUUGUGGUCGGAGCACGACUUUCCCCGACGACAGAGACUCAUCGUGCCUUUAGGUCUACAAUCGGAGAGAGAACUGUCCGAGCCUCGCCCAGCGAUCCUCCACCCCGCCAAACCCGUACCUGCAUCCCGCACACCCGCCACUCACCUGGCGAGGCGGGUCUUGGAAGAGGAUGUGAUGAUGAUGUCAAAAUGUAACUCCAGGUCACAAUUACUGACUGUGAUGUAUAAGCAAAGCGUGUUACAUUAAAGUCACUAUUCUGA